AGCGGAGCGGGGCCGGGCCGCCCGCAGCACCCGCAGCUCUCAGCCUCCGCCCGGUGAGCCCCGGCUCUGCCUGCGCCCGGUCGGAUGUGUUCACCGGUCGCGAGGGAGCGCGGAGCCAGGAGCUGCUGAGUGUGCUCAUCUGCUCGUGCACUGGACCAUGGACUCAUUGAGGGUGUCUCAGGUGUGAAAAUGUCCAGCAGUAACCGGGAGUUAGUGAUUGACUUUGUUUCCUACAAGCUCUCGCAGAAGGGGCACUGCUGGAGCGAGCUGGAGGAAGAGGAUGAGAACAGGACUGACACUGCAGCAGAGGCAGAGAUGGACAGCGUCCUCAAUGGGAGCCCAUCCUGGCACCCGCCUGCCGGCCACGUAGUGAAUGGAGCCACCGUGCACAGGAGCAGCCUGGAAGUUCAUGAAAUUGUUCGAGCAUCUGACGUGAGGCAGGCGCUGAGAGAUGCAGGGGAUGAGUUUGAGCUGAGGUACCGGAGGGCUUUCAGCGACCUCACCUCCCAGCUCCACAUCACCCCUGGCACGGCGUACCAGAGCUUUGAGCAGGUAGUGAAUGAACUCUUCCAUGAUGGUGUGAACUGGGGGCGCAUCGUGGCUUUCUUCUCCUUCGGAGGGGCUUUGUGCGUGGAGAGCGUGGACAAGGAGAUGCGGGUACUGGUGGGACGCAUUGUGUCUUGGAUGACCACGUACUUGACCGACCAUCUAGAUCCCUGGAUCCAGGAGAAUGGCGGCUGGGAGCGCUUUGUGGACCUGUAUGGGAAUAACGCUGCUGCCGAGCUGAGGAAGGGCCAGGAGACCUUCAACAAAUGGCUCCUGACCGGGGCGACCGUGGCCGGAGUGCUUCUGCUGGGAUCCCUGCUGAGCCGCAAGUGACCCCGUGGUUGUGUCCCCUGGCACCAGGACGGCUGCGCCUUCACCGCCACAUCCACCACCCAGCUCCCGAGCACCACCACCACCACGGGGCCCUCACCCAGCUCCACGGAGCUCCUUCCCUUGCGCCGCCAGCUCCUUUUAUUGUAGCCCCUCUCAUUUACCGUUCCGUUGUGUUUUAAAGGCGCUGAGAGCGAUGCAGCACUUCAGCCAACAGCUCCCAGUGCUGGGCAGAUCCCACCAGUAGUGGCUAGAAGGUGUCCCAGCCCUGCAGGAUCCUUUAGAUCACUUUGAAAAGAAUAAACAGACUUAUUUUUGCAUGUGUGAGUGCGUGCGUGUGUGUAGAUGUGUCACUAAUAUAAAGUUCCCCAGCCAGAGCAAGGAUCUGGGCUCCAGCUUCCAGCAGGGUUCCUGCUACCAGCCCUGCCCUGCUGCAGCAGCCUGGCCACCACAGGGACAGGGCUGAGCUUUGCCAUCCCUGUCAAAUCUCUCGAUUGUCCCCUGCUUGCCUGGCACUGCAGUGAGGCAGAGGGCACUGGGAGAAGGCUGAUGGUGAGUAGCCCCUAACUUGCCUGGCAGCCCCAGAGCCUCUGUCCCCUGCACCUACACCAGGCACAGGGCUGUACCUCCUCCUCUUAACCCCCUCUUCCUCAUCCCCCUCCCUUUGCUCAGAGUCGCUGUGUGGCACUGCAUGCCCUCCUCUCUGCCCCAUGUCCGUCCCUCCCCACGCACCCCACGCCAGGACCCCGCUUCGCUGUUGCAUUGGGGCCGGGAUGGAGGCAGGGGAAUUGAGGAGCACUUCCCCUUCCUGCAGACACACAGCCAGAGUAGGGGGGGGGUGGCACAAGGGGCUCACCUGUGGGACCACAGCAUCCCAGCAAACGCAGGAGCACAGAAUGAGUGUAAAACAGCCAGGGGAUCAGGACCCCACGGGCAGCAGGAUGAGGCUCUUGUACAUCCCUGGGACCACAGCAGGGGAACGGCUGGGGUAGGCGAGAGCCUAUGGGACCAAUGUAAUGUAGAAGCCAACCCCAGGGGUGGGAGCAGGGCUGAGCGGGUGGCAGAAGCUGAGAGCCGGUGGCCACAUUCUCCCAGCUGCUGCUGGUCCCCAAAGCGCAGGCAGUGGGGUCCCUGCCCCGUGGUGUGGCUGUGACGGAUGUGUGAAGUGAUAGAGGUGACCACACUGCUUCCUCAGGAGCAACUCCUCAUCCCUGGGAGACCACCAGCGCCCCCCGGCUGUCCCGGUGGGCUGGGCUGUGUACAUAGCGCCCGCGCUCUGCUGUACAUAUCCGAGUAGUUUUUAUUCAUUUGUGAAUACUCUAAUGCUAUUUUUGUUAUCUGUACGUCUGUAUUUAUGUGUGGUGCCACGCUCUGCAGAGGGCUGGGGCCGGGCUCCGCUGCUGAUGGAGCGCUCGAGGGAGUGGGGUGUGAGUGGGGUGUUCUCCAAGCCCCGCUCCCCGGCCCUGCGGGGCGAACGCUGAACGCUUUGGUUUGCAGGUGGAGGUGAGCCCACAAAUAAACUCUGUGAUUGGAA